AUGACGACCACGACCCUUCCCUCCGCGAUUGAGAAUCAAUGUGCUCAUUGCAAAGCCCCAGCCCAUAGAAAAUGCGGUGGAUGCUCUUCUCCGCUCGGCGAGGAGGCCGUUGCAACCAUCUAUUAUUGCACCGAAAAAUGUCAAGUGGAGCACUGGAAACUUCACAAGUCUGCUUGCAAGGCUCAUCAGAUGAAGAAGCUACUGUAUCGUGCUGGCGAGACGCUUCAGGAAAUCUUCUAUCGUUAUCGUGAAGUUACGUUUGACAUAAGGGUUGUGAAGAUUGAAGAGAGAAAUGGAACGCUUUACGUUGAUGAAAGCUACCCGAACGAGGAGAGUAAAAUGCAAAUGUUUCAUGACUUUCCAGUCAAUUUGGUCCAAAAUGUGGAGGAUAAGCAUGCCUUGCUGGCACAAAAUGCAUGUAGUGAAGCUAUUACAUGGAUGCAAGAGGUCACUGGACAUUUUCUCACCGGUAACUGCUUCAAGGUCAUUCUUAAAAAUGGUGGUGGCACAUACAGUCUUGAUCUCACGAGCGCUCAAUAUGGCUAUUAUCUUUCAUACCUCAACAAUCGCGCCUCCUCAAUCAACAGCUCAAAUAACUUUGGUGAGGCAAAGAAUAAAUUCACAGACCUUGUUGAUCAUCUAGCCGACCCCGUCAUUGAGGUUUGGCACAUGAACCAAGGCUGUUCUGACGCAAUGAAAAGCGGUACGGUCAAGUGGGAAACAGAAGUCGGCAUGCCGAUAUCUAAUUUCUUGAAACUGCCCCAAAGACAAUUUGAACAAAAGCAAAAGAAACUUUGUGACUCCGUCGCUGGUUGUCUUCGUUCUCAUCAGAAACGCACACUAGAGCAAGCAGGAAAACCUUCCCAGAAGCCAGGUGGUGCACCUAAGACUUCCUUCUCCCCUGAAGGAAGUUUGAUGGAUAGUAUCUUCGAGUUGAUGAAGCAUGCCUAG